AUGGCGGGCUUUCUUCAGCAGCAGGGGUUUCAGUCUACAUGGUCCGACGCCUCCCUGUUCGUGUACCACCAGGGCGCCGCCACUGCAUACCUCCUUCUGUAUAUCGACGACAUCAUCCUGACUGCUUCCUCGACGGCUCUUCUGCAGCAAAUCACUGCUCAGCUCAGCGCUGAGUUCGCCCUCAAGGACUUGGGGGCCCUCCACUACUUCCUCGGCAUUGAGGUCGUCCGCACCGCCACCGGGUUCUUCUUGCAUCAGCAGAAGUAUGCGCAUGAGCAGCUGGAGCGCGCCGGCAUGCUUAACUGCAAGCCCGCUUCCACGCCUGUCGACACGAAGGCCAAGGUAUCCGCCGUUGAGGGCUCUCCGGCGUCCGAUGCUGCCUUCUAUCGCUCCGUCGUUGGUGGUUGA